GUUUUAAUUUGUGUUUCCUCAUUUGCCAUCUGCUGCCUUUCUCUCCCUCAGAAAAUUCACUUUUCUCACAGAAUCUAGAAUUUUCUCGGACUCCAAACACUCCUCUCUCUCUCUCUAAACUAACACUGCAAAUGAUGAGCUCUGGAACAGAAUAUAGAAACCGUCCAAUUUGUGAUAAUCUGCAAACCAGAAACCGUAGCCCAAACUACACCACUGAUAAUUCUCAAUCCUGGUGGUGGCACGGCGGCGGACACGGCGGCGCUACUACUACCACCACCACCACCAUGUCAAAGGAAGACGAAUCAAAUUGGGCUUGGCCCAAAGGCUUGGUUAGCAGUGGGCCAGGGCCCAAAACAAGCAUCAAGCAAAUGCAAACAACUAUAUCCCCACCUCAAGGUGGAGAAUCCGCUGCAACACCAAAUAAGAGUAGAGAUGCAUCCAUUAUGCUUCCAUUGAUGAACAAUGAACACCUUGCCUCCACUUCCCACUCAGAGCUUGUUACCCUUCCAAUGACAGCUACAUCGUACCAGUACCAUGAUGCUUGCAAUGGAGGAAUAACGAUGCCUCCAUUUGGGUUUCAAACAUUGAAUUCAGAAUAUAGCAAAGUGGCACAUGGUAGAAUGGCUCUGCCUCUUGCGAUCGCAGAAGAACCUGUUUACGUGAACGCCAAGCAGUACCAUGGAAUUCUACGUCGACGACAAUCCCGAGCCAAAGCCGAAGUUGAAAACAGGAUAAACAGAUCACAAAAGAAGCCCUAUCUUCACGAGUCGAGACACCUGCACGCCAUGAGAAGGGAGAGGGGCUGCGGAGGCCGUUUCGUGAGCAAGAAGAAGAAGGUGGAAAGUUCAGCUUCCAUGGAUGAUGAUGAAAAUGGCAGCAACAUCAGCUUAGGCUCUGAGCCAAUGUCUAAUGGCAGCAGCUGCUAUGAAGGAUCAGGGUUACACUUAUCUGCAUAUAUAUGAUCGAUUCUGCCGUUGGAAUGUUUCUUAAAGUUGGUAGGACGAAAUAGAUGUUAAAUCACUACUCAACCUCAAACCCUAAAUUUAUAAGUUAAUUAGAUCAUAGA